UAUACGAUGACGGACGAGAACACAACUGUUCCAGUGCCCGCUUGGCUAAAGGCAGAUCUCUUCGAGAAAUUGCUGGCAGAGCGAUUCGGGGACAAGUAUGUGGGAAUCAAGAGUUUCGAGCCGGUGGCCGGUCUCAAGCCGGGGGAAAAUUACUCCUCCAUUAUGCUGCGCCUACACUUCGAAGUCGAACUCAAGGAUCACCUCAUCGAAAAGGUUAGCUACAUGCUGAAGACGCCACACGACUUCGAGAUGUACCGCGAGAUCCUGAAGAAGAACAACAUGUUCGUAGUGGAGCGGGAUGUGUUCCUGCAGGUGAUUCCCGAGCUGGAGAAGAUGUACGAGGACGCGGGUCUGAAGGUUCAGUUCGGAGCCAAGGCCUACGAAAUUCAGGCUCCCGACGAGUACGUGCUGCUGCAGGAUCUCAAGCCUUUUGGCUUUAAGAAUGUGGAUCGUCUGGAGGGCCUUAACAUGGUCCAUACCAAAAGCGUGCUUAAAAAGUUGGCCCAAUGGCACGCGGCCUCUGCCAAUAGGCUCCAUCUGAAGGGUCCAUAUACACAGAACUAUCUGCAGCCAACCUACGCCGACUCCAUGAAAGUGAAUAUCGAACAGGUGGCCGAGACUCUUGGAAAGUACUUCCUGAAAUGCCUGCCUCUCUACGAGGGCUACGAGGAGUAUAGCGAGGCGGUGCACAAGAUCCAACCCAAGAUAGUGGAUCUGAUGUAUGCAAUGAACACACCAGAUCCGGAGGACUUUAAUGCCUUAAAUCACGGAGAUUGCUGGACGAACAACAUCAUGUUCCGGUAUGAGGGCGAGAACCCUGAGCCAGCCGAGACCUUCUUCGUGGAUCUGCAGCUGCCCAAGGUCACCAGUGUGGCCCAUGAUCUAAUUUACUUCCUACUGGGAUCCACGCAAUUUGACAUAAAGUUGUGCAAGUUCGAUUACCUCAUCAAGUACUAUCACGAUCAGCUGAUAGAGCACUUGGCGCUGCUCAAGUAUCCACAGGCGAAGACCCCCUCGCUGCGGUUCCUGCACACUCAGCUGUUGAAAUACGGACGAGUUGGCUACCACACUGUUCUGAUGCUCUGCCCACCGGUUUUACUCGAUCGCACCGAUGAGGCCAAUCUGACCGACUUUGUAACCGAAUCGGAUAAUGGCGACGGUCUGAAGAUGGCGAUGUACUCGAAUGCUCGUUACAAGAAGCACGUUAGCGCCAUCCUCACUUGGCUGAAUAAUCGCGGAGCAUUCCAGUUUUAAUUUGUAUGCUAAAAUCACUUCAAAGUUGGAGAAAAAUAGGAAGUAUUGAGUAUGAAUACUUAAAAAUUGAUCUUAAUCGCUGUUUUAAUAGUUCAACUGAACAGUAUUUAUUUAAUAAAGUUUCUCAUGACAGACAGUGAAAA